AUGAAAAAUAGGCAGAAGUCGAGAAGCGGCUGUCGGACUUGCAAGGUCAGGCGGCUCAGGUGUGAUGAGACCAAGCCUGGAUGCCAGAACUGUGCCCACAAAGGGUUCGACUGUCCAGGCUACCAGCAGAGGCUUCAGUGGUCCACCAAGCACGAGAGACCGACAACAACAAACACUAGCGGGCCGGCAAACUUCACCCAGCUCGUCACCGCUGCCUCCGUGUCCAUCGCCUCCACGCCCACGCCCACGCCCACCACCGAGAGUUCUGCCCAUGAUAGAACUAAAUGCUCGCUCACGGUUCCGGUCCCCGCCAGGAGACUCGGGCUCCCCGUUGUUCCAUCCCUAACCGUAUCGACGUCAGGGCCGCUAUCGGCGUCCGCCUCACCCCCGUCCUCAUCGUCAUCACCAGCCUCCUCAACACCGUCUCCGCCAACCCAUUACCAGGAUUUAGCAGCGAACGCCGAAAGCUAUGCCAGCCUGAUUCCCGCGCUCUCCCCUCAAACGGGACUCGUGGUACCCAAGGGAGAGCCGGGGUCGCCCGACGACCCGGACCAAGCACGCGACCUGGCCAUGUACCAGCCGGUCGUAGACAUCCCAACCUUUCUGAUCGAGCACUGGUUCAAAUCAGUCUGCUCGUCGUGGUCGGCUCUCGAUUCUCCGACAAACCCGUACCGGCAGCUGACAGGCAACCUCUGGCAAACUUCCGAUUCCGUAUUUUACGCCCUGCAAGCGAUUUCCGCAGCCUCUCUGGUUGAGCGGCUCCCGCACGUCAUGAAAGAUACGGCUCGGUCUACACCACGCAACGCGUUCCAGGCUAUCGGAAAAGAACUGGAGGUCUUUCAUAACAACCCCCGGCCGGGAUUCCCCACAGAACUGCUGCUCUCGCUUUUUUGCAUGAGCUCGUCCAUGUGUUGGUUGGAGGCCCGGCAACUUGGCCAGCAAUCCGUGAGAGAGGCACGGAGGGUGCUGAGGCGGAUGAAUUCGCAGAUGCUAGACAGCGGCGCCCAGGAGCAACUCGAUUUCUUCAACGGGUGCCUUGUUUACGAAGAGAUGCUUCGCAGCGUUGUCAGCGACGAGGAGAUCGACUUUAAGCAUAUGCUCAGCUGGCCGGAGCCCACGACUCAAAGACCUCUCCUGCCUACGGUCUCACAUCCAUGGGCCGGCGUCUCCUCUGACAUACUGAGGUUAUUUGGCAAGGCAAUCGCCCUGUGUCGAAGGUCCCGCAAUCGGUGGAGGCUCAAUGGCGGAACGAGCUACCGGAUCCUCCAAGGCGCAAUGAAGGACAUCGAGGCAGCAACGAAAGUGGAGGAAUCGUUGCUGUCGGUUAUCGUCCCGCCGCCUCCCGAGUGCCCUCAACCUCCCCAAACUUUCGAUUCUGCUCAGACCUUGUAUUGUUUAAGUGAGGCAUACCGCCUGUGUGCUCUCCUGCAGCUCUACGAGACCUUCCCAGACCUGAGCAUCAAGCGGAAUCCGAACCUCGAAACCGCCAGUGUUUCGAUGAUCUGGCAAUCAUGGGCAACCCCUCAGGUCUUGCACGUCGUCAACAAUGUGCUCGGCAAGGUCCCAGCGGGAAGUCUGAGCUGCAUUCAGCCCCUUCUCUGUCUCUGUGCGGGUAGUGGUCUUAGAUACGAAGACAACAGCAAAGUCCCGUUGCACAGCGGGAAUCACAAGCACCCACCAAACGCCGAUUUCAACACGCCAGCCGCGCCGGUGUCUGGGGCCGCCGAGCCCUUUCCACUGCCUGGCCCUGGCAUGUCCGAAAACGCCAUCAAAAUCUCCCAAGCGCGACUUCUCAUCAUGAACCGGUUGGACCAGCUCGAGAUAUGCCUCCCCCCAAAACCGAUAGGCGUGGCAAAACAACUCGCACCUGCAUGCCAACAUCUGUCGGGCGAUGAUGCGCUUGAUCGUCGGGCUAAAUCUCAUUUUGUCGGCCCAGACACCCACGCUGUCGAGUGA